AUGUCUAGAAGAGGGGGCUAUAAUGAGUUGCAGAGGUGGAAGGAAAGGUUUGUCCUGCUGAUGAAGGAACAUGAACCCCAGGACGUCUGGGCUUUGGAUGUGUCCGAGGCUCUCAAUCCCUGUCCACACGGAUGGUACCAGUACCAGCAGAGACGCCUUUUUGCCAGGUUCGAGUGUUCAGGUUGCUCUAAGCACUGGAACUCAGCUUGGUCGUCCAUUCUCUUCCACAUACGCUUCCUAGGGAGCUGGGAUCAGAACCAAGGCCAGGUGAAGAUGUGGAUGUUCAGACAGAAAUGCCGUCGGUGUACGAUGGCCAGGUACGAGGAGCCCGUCUUCAGCGAGAAGGCCCUGGAGACCAUCCUGCACAAUUUGGCUUGGAAGAUCCUCGAGAAGAGCUACGGAGAAGCCAAGAGAAACCCUCGCCCUUGCGACGUUGAGGAAGUUGUGGAAGGCCCACACGAUGAACGCAACUGCGAGGCCUGCCAGCAUGGGAUGUGUGUCGAAACACACACUCCCUGGCCGAAAGCGAAACCCACUUAUCCUGCUCCAUCGAUGGAGCGGAAAGAAAACUUCACGAGAUCUGCUUCUUUCGCUCCAUCGACGGAGUGGGAGAGAGUCUUUGCAAGGCCUGUCUCUGUCACUCGGCCUACAGAGGGAGAGGAAUGGCAGCAAAUCUUGGCUUUUCUCUUUGUCGUGAUUGUUUGUUUGCUUUUCUUGGCGUCCUACUUCCGAUAG